AUGGGUAAAAGAAAGCAGAAUAAGGAAGUUGAAUCUAAGAGAAAGAAGGCUAAACAACAACAGGAUGCGCAGCUUUCGACUGGAUUAUUUUCUUCUAAUCAUGAUUCACCUGAAAAUGAAGAAAUCAGAGAUUGGGACAAUGAAGAACAAGAUUAUGAAUUGAAGCCAAGAAAUAGAAAGAAUGAUGUGGUUGAGGGUUUACCGAUAAAGAUGGCUGACGGUAGGAUUGAAAGAGUGGUAAGAGAAGUUGCAGAGGAAGACACUAAGCCAGAGGAACCAGAAACGAAAGAACCGUUGGUGGAGAGUAAGGAAGAUAAUGAGUCAGAACACGAAGAAGACGAAGACUCCGACUUGACUCCUCUAGAAAGAUUAAAUAAGAUUAAGGAAGAGAUUGCAGAUUUGGCAUCAAAGCUCAUUGAAGACCCGGAAGAAAAUGUCCUGUGUCUUACUAGAUUAAGAAAAAUGUCAGAAUCACGUAAUAUGGUCACUUGUCAAUUAUCCAUGAUGGCGUUGAUUCCAGUGUUUAAAUCGUUGGCUCCAACCUAUAAGAUUAGACCUUUAACGGAUACAGAAAAAAGAGAAAAGGUAAGUAAAGAUGUGGCUCGUUUGCGUCAAUUUGAACAAUCUUUGAUAAGUAACUACACCUUAUACAUUGAUAACUUGUCUAAAUUAGCGAAAGUAUCGCUUCUGAACUCCCAAAACAAUAAAAAAAUCACCCCGGAACAGAUAAAGAAAGGGCAAUUAGCUGCUAAAGCUGCCUGCGAGUUAUGUAUAUCUUCGUUGCGUCAUUUUAACUACAGAAACGAAAUUAUCUCUAUUGUUGUGCGUCGUCUUAACAGAAAACCGAAUAAUACUGAAGAUUUUGAAAUCUUUACGAAAUGUUUGAGAGUUUUAGAAACAUUAUUGAAGGAUGAUGAAGAAAAUGGUGAUAUUUCGUUUGAUGUAAUAAGAAUUUUGUGUCAUUCAAUUAGAGAUAAAAAGUUUAGGGUUGAUGAAUCCGUCGUAAAUAUUUUCUUAUCAUUGUCUCUUUUAGAAGACUAUGAUCCUAAUAAUAACAAAAAUGAUUCUCCUAAGCAGAAAUUAAAGAAAAAAGAUAGAGUCCACUUGUCUAAGAAAGAGAGAAAAGCUAGAAAGGAAAGGAAAGAAAUAGACGAAGAGAUGCGUAAAGCUGAACAAACUAUAACUAUUGAAGAAAGAGAAAAGUAUCAAUCACAGGUAUUGAAAAUGUUAUUGGCAUUAUAUUUAGAAAUAUUAAAGGCUGGUUCUCAUACGUCAUCAAUUCCUAACAACAAUGCAAAUGAUCUCAUGGCAUCAGUCUUAGAAGGUUUGGCCCGUUUUGGUCAGAUGGCAAAUUUUGAUUUAUUGGGUGAUUUCUUAGAAGUGUUGAGAGAAAUAAUGACUGACAUAAUGGACGAACACUCUCUUUCAGAUGAAAACGAAGUAUCAGAUGAAUUCGGCGGCAUGUAUGGUGGAAAGCAAAUUAGAACCGUAUUGUUAUGUAUUGCAACAUCGUUUACAUUAGUCACCAAUCACUCAACUACCGGUAAAUUGCCAAUGACAAUCGAUUUAUCAAAAUUCGUAUCAUGUUUGCACAACAUCUUGUGUGAUAUGGCACUUGAUUGUGACAUGGAAUUUUCGCAUAAAUCAUUAAGAUUGGCAGACCCUUUGCAAGUAUCUACGAUUUCAGAAAAACCUUCUGUCAACGUUUCUACAAAGUCUGAGCUAUUAUUACGUUGUCUAGACUUUGUUUUCUUCCGCUCAAGAAAUGGUACCUUGCCCAGAGCAACCACUUUUACCAAAAGAUUAUACAUUUCAAUUUUGCAGACUCCAGAAAAGACUUCUUUGGCGUCAUUAAAGUUUAUUGGAAAAUUGAUGAGCAGAUAUGGUGAUAGUUUAAAAGGUUUAUGGAACACUGAAGAAAGGAUUAGCGGUGAAGGCACAUAUAUCUUGGGUAUAGAGAGAUCUGGUAGAGAAGUUGAAUUGGAAAGAAGUAAUAGUGGUGCUGCAACUCUAUGGGAAAAUGUCUUAUUAGACAAGCAUUAUUGUCCAAUGGUUAAAGAUGGUUCUCGAUCAUUAAUGAAUAACAGCAAGCCAAACGAAAGAAGGUAG